GCAUCGUUUAAACUGUCUGGUAAUACUACAGCAUAUACGUCAAAAACGCGCUAAUUUAAAAGUCGGUGGCUUGCAAAUAAAUAGCUUAAUAAAUUAUGGAGGAUUUCGAGAAAAUUGAGAAGAUUGGCGAGGGCACAUAUGGCGUGGUGUAUAAGGGUCGCAAUCGCCUGACCGGCCAAAUUGUGGCAAUGAAGAAAAUCCGCUUGGAGUCCGACGACGAAGGCGUUCCAUCAACCGCGAUCAGGGAAAUUUCGUUGCUUAAGGAGUUGAAACAUGAAAACAUUGUCUGUUUGGAGGAUGUUUUGAUGGAGGAGAAUCGCAUAUACUUGAUCUUUGAAUUCCUAUCGAUGGACCUCAAGAAAUACAUGGAUUCGCUGCCAGUUGAUAAGCACAUGGAGAGUGAAUUGGUCCGUAGCUAUUUGUACCAAAUAACUAGCGCCAUUCUGUUCUGCCAUCGUCGGCGAGUACUUCACCGUGAUCUUAAGCCGCAGAACUUACUAAUCGACAAGAGUGGCCUCAUAAAAGUCGCCGACUUUGGACUUGGCCGAUCCUUUGGCAUUCCGGUGCGCAUUUAUACGCACGAGAUUGUGACCUUGUGGUACAGAGCGCCGGAGGUGCUACUGGGAUCACCCCGGUAUUCCUGUCCCGUCGACAUCUGGUCCAUUGGAUGCAUAUUCGCGGAGAUGGCAACGAGAAAGCCGCUGUUCCAGGGUGACUCGGAAAUUGACCAGUUAUUUAGAAUGUUUAGAAUUCUGAAAACACCUACCGAAGACAUUUGGCCGGGCGUUACUUCGCUACCCGACUAUAAGAACACGUUCCCCUGCUGGUCCACGAACCAAUUGACCAACCAGUUGAAGAAUCUCGAUGCGAAUGGUAUUGAUCUCAUUCAAAAGAUGUUAAUCUACGAUCCGGUUCAUCGCAUUUCCGCCAAGGACAUUUUGGAGCAUCCCUAUUUCAAUGGUUUUCAAUCGGGCUUAGUUCGAAAUUAACGUUCGGUAUUCUCGUUUGACUUUAACUAAGAAUUAUAAAACAAGAGAACUUGGUAUCUAAUCUAAAGCAAAAUAGCCGUAAAUAAAACUAAGGGUGUAAAACAAUAAACGUUUACUUAAUUUAUGUA